AUGUCCUGGUUCACUACGUUCCCCAAAGCUGCGAAUCCUGGUCAGGAUGUUACCGAGGCACCACCUACGACCGUGCUCGAGGGUCGCAAUGAAGAUGCAAGCGUUACAGCUCCAGUCAUUGCAACGAAGAGUCUGAUGGACCUUCCGCUCGAAAUCCGGGAGAUGAUCUGGCACCUGGCGCUGGAAAACGAGCGACAUGUGCCUAUGAUUCUACAUGGUACUUCCAAGGUCACAUACCGCUACUUCAAAGACCCAGUUAGCCUCCAAGGGUAUCGUCGGCACACAUAUCAAGACUACCCACCGUUCUUGCCCGCCAUCUGUCGACUUUCGGCUUACACGCGCGCAGAAACCAUUAAAAUUUUCCUACGGGGCACAACGUUCGGGUCUUCUUCUACCGCUGACAACGAAUGCCUCACAGGGUUUCUUGGCUCAGUUCCUGGGGGGUUCGCGUCAAUACGCGGAUUGUAUUUCGACUGCUUUGGUCUGUCACUCAAGACCCCGCGGAAAACGGAUCUGGAGCUGGCAGUCCGUUGCACAUGUCUUCGAGAGCUGACGCUGCUCAUGCACGAAUAUGUGCUGGCUAGGAGCUCAGCGCAAGAUAUAUACACGGACUACAAUUUCAACAGGCUGCUCGAUUCUGGAAGCGUUGGUAAAGUAUCCAUCAUCACUGUUAGCUACUGCGAAGCGGCUGUUACGGAGCAGGCUGCUCGGGACCUGGCAUUUCUAAUCGAGGACGGGUUUCGUAGCCGUGGUCGCACUGUACAAGUGACCGUCAACUAA